AUCCAUUAGCUGGAGAACUUAACAAAUAGUUUCACCUUAUUGUUAAUUCAUCAUACAUAACAAAUGACAUCAAUUAGUUGUUAAUUGUCAAAAAUACGUUACGACUUUUUCUAAGUAUAAAACUAUUGUCGUUUUAAAAUAUUAGUUAUUCAGGAUCUUACUGUGCUAACAUAGUUUAAAAAAAAAUUUAAAACGUUAAUCACAAUGAACACAAGCGGUGAAGAGGCGUUUGAAUUUAACGACAUUCGAAAAGUAUGCACCGCACAAAACCAAUGCGACAACCAGAUUCCAAUGGAGAUAAGUCCGUCGAAAUUCAAAAUCACAAGUCCUGUAAAGUCACCGCCAGUGAAACGCCUCAAAAUCGGGAAAACUAAGUUUAGAGGUCCGAUAGAUGUCGCGCUCAAAGGAUUGAGUCCCGCUCAGCUGAUCGACAUGAUUAAGACAAUUACUAAGAAGCAUCCUGAUUUAGAACAUGAGAUCCGGAAGGAAAUGGAGGAACCUGAUCUCGCGCCUUUGGAAGAAAAUUUGAAUUACUUGAAGUCCAACAUCUUCAAAGGCUCUCCGACGUCACGCCUGCCUUCCGACUCGCCGUCUUAUUCUCGGGUCUCUGUACAUUUGGCCGCUUUCAAGAAGUGCUUGGUUGAACAGGGAGUUCAACUCACAGAAUCCCAGCACUGGGAGUCAGUGAUCAAGUACGUGUUGUUGUCCUGGAGCUACGUGCAAGCGCUCCCAGUGUGGUACCACCAGCCCCACAACGCCCACAGGAAGCAGUGCUUCCGAGCAUUGCUCAACUUCUGUUUGACAGCGCUCAGGAAGGGAACUCUGAAUAAGGAAUUCCUGAUAGACGUUCAAGAUAAGCUCCAAUGCUUUGUGUCUGAUUCUGAGGAGGUGCAAACAUGUCUGAAGCAAGUGCAAUAUCUGCUCCAAAAAUGAUUUAUUUUCAAUAUUUGUGGUAUUUUUUAUAUAUAAAAUAUAAAUAUAACAUAUAAUCACGUCUAUAUCCCUUGCGGGGUAGGCAGAGCCAGCAGUCACUAAAAGCCCACGUUCAUCUGUUUGGCUCAAUGAUAUAAUUCAGAUUCAAAUAGUGACAGGUUGCUAGCCCAUCGCCUAUAAGAGGAAUCCCAAGUUUAUGAGCCUAUACCUUAUUCGCCUUUUACGACAGCAAUGGGAAAGAGAUGGAGUGAUUCUAUUCCAUUCUUUUUUCUAUUGGUGCCGGGAACCACACGGCACUAUUUUUAUACACAAUAGAUAUUUUCCUGGUUUAACCUUGUGUUAUUUCUAAUGACAUUACUUUCCCAUUUCUUUGAUUGUAUUUUUUUGUGUAACUUUUUGGAUGUUUCGUUUUGUUUAAUGAUAAAUAUACUCUUAACGGAUUGCUCGUAUCUUGUUUACAUAGUAUUAAGUUGUAAGAAGACUAUAAUAAGUACCACGUUGUCACGUAUUACAUACUAGGUGUGCCCGCGACUUCGUCCGCUUGGAAUAGUUAUUUUGGGCAUCAUUGGGCUUCCAUGAUCAAGGAUGAAUAAUUUUCCUAUUUUACAUUAUUUCUUCGCUCCUGUUAGUUGCAGCGUGAUGAUAAAUAGCCUAAAGCCCUCCUCGAUAAAUGGUCUAUUCAACACAAAAAUAAUUUUUCAAUUCGAACCAGUAGUUCCAGAGAUUAGCGCGUUCAAACAAACAUACUCUUCAGCUUUAUUAUAUUAGUACAUACAUACAUAAAUUCACGCCUCUUAU